AUGGACACAGGGGACAUGUCCAACUAUCAGUCCAACGGAGAGUUUGACCUGGUGAAGUUCACGGCGGCCAAGAACAUCGCUUACUACUCUUGCUGUCCAGAGCCUUACUCGGACAUAACCUUCACCAUCAAGCUCAGGCGGCGACCAAUGUUCUACGUGUUCAAUCUCAUCCUGCCCUGCGUGCUUAUAAAUGGCAUAGUGAGUGUCAGGAGCGUGAGCAACGCGCAGGCAGAUACACAUGCUCAGGUGUCAUUCUCAGGGGUCACCACAGAGAAAAGCAACCUCCAACGUCUGGUCUUCUACCGUUCCUCAGUCACACUCAUUACAAGCAUUUCGGUAGGAAUAACUGUCUCUCAAAUGUUGGGUGAGAGCACACUGCUCUACCACGUGCCUCUCCUUCUGCACCUCACCCCACGGGCACAGCCGCUCUUCCAACGUUGGGACUUCCGGUGUUUGGACUUUGGCUGUAGAUUGGAGGUUAAAUCACGUCGGCCGGGCAGGGGGUUCCCUGAACAGGCAGCUCCUCGUCUGCGCAUGCGCAGUGCUUCCAGUUUGACGUUGUCAUGA